CCAUUGGUCAAGUUUUCACCGGAAGUAGACUACGACCUACUCGUUUCUUUUUGCUCCGUGGCAUUUUGCGGCACAGUGUGCUUGCGGACGUUUCGUUCUUGGUCGUCGUCUCUAAACACAGACCUGAACAAAGACGACAUAAAUUUCUCAUAGGUGAUCAUCAUAUGAUCAACACAAGACAGAUACAUAUAAUCAUUGUCCAAGCCAAGACACAGGAACAGCAUUUGACACAUGACAGAACUGCAUUCCAAACCUCAAAGAUGAUGUGCACACUGUAAAAAGGGGGACAUAGGAUGCAAACUUGCCAGCUAUAGCUUUUAAUGCUAGAGUGAUGCCCAGGCGGGGGUUGCCACUCCAGGGCCGGAUCCGCUGGCUCUUCCUUGGCCUCUUCCUGCUGCUGGUGCUGAUGCUCUUUGCAUACCUCCUCGAGUGCACACCUCCUGCAGAUGUCAGCCUGGUCUUGCCUGGUUUAGCAGGGGAGACCUACAGCAGGGAGUAUUACCAGGCCCUACUGCAGGAACAGGAGGAGCAUCACCUAAACCGUGCUGCCAGUCUCAAGCGCCAGAUUGCCCAGCUCAAACAAGAACUGCAGGAAAUGAGUGAGAAACUAAAGCUUCUGCAGGAAAAGAAAGAGCUCCCUGGGGUGCAGGGUUUGGCUGAGACGAAAGACCAAGAGCCAGGAGAUCUGCUGGAGUACCUACACUCACAGAUAGACAAGGCUGAGGUCAACACAGCGGCACGCCUUCCUAGUGAGUAUGCUUUAGUGCCUUUUGAGAGUUUCACCUUGUCCAAGGUGUACCAGCUGGAAAUGGGGCUUACACGACACCCAGAGGAGAAACCCGUCCGUAAGGAUCGCAGGGAUGAGCUGGUGGAGGUCAUCGAGGCAGCACUGGACAUCAUCAACAACCCUGAUGAGGAGGAUGGUGUUGAGGAAGACAUGCCAAUGCAGAGACAAAUCUACACAGAGGGUCACUUUACUGAAGGACUGUAUAGGACAGAGCGAGACAAAGGGACGCUUUAUGAGCUCUUCUUUGCCAAAGAGGAUUCCACCAGCUUUCGCCACGUCACGCUAUUCAGGCCAUUUGGUCCCUUAAUGAAAGUCAGGAGUACAUCUUUAGAAACAUCAGAAUUAAUCAUUAACAUCAUUGUGCCUCUGGCAGGCAGAGUUGAAACUUUUUCACAGUUCUUGCAAAACUUCAGGGAGGUGUGCAUACAGCAGGACAGACAAGUACAUCUCACAGUGGUUUAUUUUGGACAGGAAGGUCUACAGGAGGUGAAGUCAUCCUUGGAAAAAAUUACUAGGGAAGAGAGCUUCUCUAAUUACACUCUGAUCCCAGUAGAGGAAGAGUUUUCACGAGGUCGGGGUCUGGAUAUUGGAGCUCAUGCCUGGAAGAAAGGCGACGUCUUGAUGUUUUUUUGUGACGUUGACAUCCAUUUCACCCUGGAGUUCCUCAAUACAUGUCGUCUCCAAACUGCUCCAAAUAAAAAAGUCUUCUAUCCAGUGGUGUUCAGUCUAUACAAUCCUGCCAUAGUCUAUGGAAGUUUGGAGUUGGCUCCACCCACUGAACUCCAACUGAUUCACAAAAAAGAUGCUGGAUUUUGGAGAGACUUUGGCUUUGGAAUGACGUGUCAGUAUCGCUCAGAUUUCCUUAACAUUGGUGGGUUUGAUCUUGAAGUCAAAGGCUGGGGUGUCGAAGAUGUCCACUUGUACAGGAAGUAUCUUCGGAGUGACCUCAUAGUCAUUAGGACACCAGUGUCUGGUCUUUUCCACCUGUGGCACGAGAAGCAGUGUGCAGAUGAGCUAACGCCAGAGCAGUACCGCAUGUGCAUACAGUCCAAGGCUAUGAACGAGGCCUCUCACUCUCACCUGGGCAUGUUGGUUUUCCGUGAAGAGAUUGAAUCUCACCUUCGCAAACAGGCCUAUAAGACUCAAAGCAAAACAGAAGACUGAGCUUGACUCUACGUAUUUCAACCUUAAUACUGUGAGGAGCUGACAUUAUAACUGCACUACAGACAUGUUUACAUAGAUCCUUCUGCAUUUCACCGCACAGCUGCAGACAAAUGAAUGUAGUAAAUAUAUGAUCAAUGUGAAGUUUCCACACAUGGUACAUCUGUUCUUGAAGCAGUCUCAAUCAUAUGGUAUACAUUUUACCUGACAGCAUGCUGUCAUUGUCUCGGGACACAUAACUUCUCAUUCUGUCAUAUUACCUGCUUUAAAUACAGCUCCUGAAUGGAAAAGGUUCUUCAUCAUUUUCACAGCUUGUACUGCAUAACUUCCUUUUACUGCUGAGUGCAAACUCUGUCAGUUUUAGCAAACAGGAUGAUAUCAAGCAAUAUAAAAUACAUCCAACUUGUCAACCUUUAGCAUUUUAAAGAGGAAAAGUGCUUCAAAUAAGUCCAGGUAUUUUCCUCUAAAAUUAAUGUCAACAUUAAAAAUGAGUUGUGGUUUCUUAAAUUGAAAAAAAAAAAAACAAGUUGACUGCACAAGAAGCAGCUAGUUUCUAUGGAUUCCGAGCUUUCUGCAAGUUAAAAAUGUUUUGGUUGUGGUUUGAUAAGGGAGUGCUACUGCUUUGUACAGAUGUUCCAGAGUAAUGAUGUU